CUGUCAUUCUUGUCAAUUGACAUUGUUCGAGAUACUUAAAUAAGUUCUCUAAAUUAAUAAAUAAUCCUUAUAAGCAUUUGAACUUAUUAUAAAGUUUACGAAAAUGGAUGCUAUGGAAUCAGGGUCUAGUGAGGUGACAGAUCAUUCGAGCAAAAACUAUAUGAAGGUUGUAUCGGAGCCCGCGUUGCUUCAUGACGGAGUCGAGAGUGAGACUAAAUUGAAACCGCAAAUCUCCGCACCUUCUUACUUUCAUUCUUUGAGCGAGAACGAAGCACCACCGUUCAUGAUGCCAGAGGAAGAAGACAGUCCCCACAUCCUAAUUGACAUGCUGGUAACCGAAGAUGAUGUAGUGAGGAUGAUUGCGGUCUCUCAAAUGGAAUCUAAAUCUACAUUUAAAAAAUAUCUAGCUGACUACUUAGGAGACAAGAACUUGGUUCAAAACUUCAAUUUAUCUGAGAAGGAAUUCUUAAUAAACUUACUUCUGCAACUGAUAGAGUACUCAGCACAGCGGGACUUCAACGCUAAAAAAUUAGCUUGUGUUUUAGCGAUUUAUUUGACUACUCAUUUAUAUUUUAAACGAUACUUCUGGACCGCGCCCACAGCAGUCUGGGAAUAUUUCAAAGAAACAUUGAUUCGUCAUACCAUAGAGGAUUCUCCGGAUGGCUGUGAAGUGUUUGCACCUGAGGAGAGUUAUGACAUAUUGACACAUUUUCAUACAUUGUAUUUGAGCAAUAUACCAUUGAUACAUAUUCUAUGUUUUGGUGUCUACAGGUUGAAAUUCACAUGGCCUUUUUAAAUUAUAUUUUAAAAAAAAUAUGUAACAGAAUUAAGGUUUGAAUAAAAACAUCAUUUGAA